UUUCGUUUGUGCUCUUAAAACCUUCCUCAUCACCGCCUCGUCAUUUCUUCUCAGGAAAAUGAAGCAAAGAAUGUGUUGUAUUCUCAUAAUUACCAUUAUUUUGCAGAUUAUAAGUCGGAUUCAUACAUCAACCAGCUCUUUAGCAUCUCAUCAUGUUCCUCAAAAACAAGAUACUAUUCCGGCGUUAUCAGGAGUUAGCUUCGACUCUAAACAGGGUGGUGUUGAAAGUAGGAAUGGUGGAGAGACAUAUAGCAGUAGAAUGGUGGUGGGGUCAAGGCCACCGAACUGCCAACGCAAGUGCGGAGAGUGUACGCCUUGUGUUGCGACCCAAAUCCCUGCAACGACAGGUGAACGGGGGAUUCAGUACACCAAUUAUGAGCCUGAAGGAUGGAAAUGCAGAUGUGGCUCCACUUUGUUCGAUCCUUAAAUGCUGCUGCUGGGGCUCAAUUGAAUGUAUCAA